AUGGGAGUCCAGCGCGUUAUUAGUACUGCCGUCCAAGAAGAGGUCGUGUUGCCUACACACGUUAUUGAACAAUCAUCUGCGCUUACUCGUCUCAUCAUACUGGAUUGGGAUGAUACUCUUUUGCCGAAUACGCAUCUGGCGAAACUCGGUUUUUCUUCAGAGGAAAAAGAUUUUGAGAUCCCCAAGGACCACGUACUCGUGCUGGAAGAGCUUGCUAAAGAGGUGGAGGACUUUCUUACGGCCUGUCUGAAGAUAGGCACGUGCUGCAUCGUCACGAACGGUCUGUCUGGCUGGGUCCAGCGUUCGUGCCAGCGGUUUCUACCCAAUGUAGUGCCGCUGCUUGAGCAAAUGUCGGUGAUCUCUGCCCGCUCUAAUUUCGAGCGUGUGUUCCCAGACCGACCUAUUGAGUGGAAGAUAGCUGCAUACCGUGACGUGCUGGCUAAACGCGGCUUGAUGCAGAUGGCACCCGUCGAGACACAUGGCGUGUACGUGCAGCAGCAACAGCGUGAAGUGCAUCAGGUGAUUGCUCUUGGAGACUCACAAGUGGACCGCUGUGCUAUUCAGUACGUGGCAAGGCGCACGCCGAAUAUGCAGCUCAAAUCGAUCAAACUGCUGGAUAACCCAAGCAUGACACAGCUGCAAAAGCAGUUGAGUUUGUUAGGCGUCUUCCUCGUGCAGCUCAGCGGUCACGACGAGACGCUCGACCUCGAGCUGUCUAAGGAGAUGCUGCAGUAA